AUGGCGGAGUUUCCGCCUUUGGCCCCAGUGCCCUCCCCCGCAGUGCGGAAGACCAUUCCAUCUGAUGACUGGGAAGCCUGUCUCGAUGCAUGGAUGAUGCUGCUUGGUAUUCGCUUGAGUGCUUCUGAACAACAAUUCAAAGCUGUCGGUUCCGAGGACCUCCCAGUGGUCUCAUUUCUGGACUCAUUCUACCAACAUGCCGCAGCCGGGGACCCUGGUCUACAAGCUGGACCUAAAGCUCGACAAUUACGGAAACUCUGCUUUCUUGCUACAAGACGAUAUAUUAUAGGACUUUCCAGACCGCCAGAAGGACUUUUGAAUUGGCAGCUGCUGGGAAACCUAUGUUGCUGCUAUCCAUCGAGCAAUGCGUGGAAGACGUCAUUAUCAACUGCAUGGGAUAUGCACCAUGAACAGAUCACGUCAAGCUUAGAAAGAGCCAAGUCUAUGGUCACCAGCCAGUUAUUACUUGGUGGGAAGUCAGCAGACUCGAAAUUAAUAUUGGACAUUCGACGUCUCACGAUCCUGGCCUCGGUAUUGCCGCCUUCUGGCCAAAUUCUAAUGGCAGGAUCGGACUUCUUGGAUACCCUCGUUGAGGCCUACGAGGCGCAGCCCCGAGAAGAACUUCGGAAGAUGAUGGUUGCCAACGUUUAUGUUGGCCUGGUCUCAUUGUUGAAGGAGCCAUCAACCAACUUAUCUCUGCUUCUUGACCAACUGUUCGGCCUCAAAGCAGGCGCCGGAGUCGGCACACCCAGGAUGAAGAAGGAAGCCACCCUUUUGUCCGAUCUUGUGUGCAGCUCAGACCUCCUGCAACGCCUCGAGAAAUAUCUCACGAGCCACCCUCAAAAACGAGGAGAGGACCUUCUCGCCAGCUUGCGAGCUUAUCAAAUGGAAACGAAACCCCUUCACCACCGGUAUCAAAGACGAAGAAAGAUCGACAAGGGCAAAGGAGUCUCAACAGGCCCUCUUAUUCCCGACGAGCUUCACGCACACAAGAUGUCACUCGUCUCGCAAGUGCAAGAUCUCUUCCCAAAUCUCGGAUCCGCAUUCGUCGUGCGCCUCCUAGACGUCUACAACGACAAUCCGGAAACAAUCAUCUCUCACCUUCUAGACGACUCGCUCCCCCAAGAACUCCAAUCUCUCGACCGAUCCGAACAGCUCCCACCCCAAGCUGAACCAAGCCACCAUCUGGCCCCCCGAUCAACCCCACCAGUCUCACCCCAACUAGCUGGGGUCCCAGCCCGCCGAAACGUCUUUGACGAAGACGUGGACAUCGCCGAACUAAGCCGCACAGGCGACACAGAAGGCAAACUCCACUUCGGCCGUGCAGACGCAGACCUAACCGCCGACACUGUCCUAGCAGACCGCAGCCAACACGCCACCAACAAAGCCGCAAUCUUAUCCGCCCUGGCAAGCUUCGACUCAGAUGACGAUGAGCGCGAUGACACAUACGACGUCGCCGAUGUAGGCGGCACUGUCGAUGCCGUCACAGCAGGCACAGAUGCCGAAGCGGAUGCCGAAGCUCAGACCCGUCGCGCGGCUGAUCUGGAUAUGACUCUCUUCCGCGCGUACAAGGGCAAUGCGGCGCUAUUUGGUCGGGACUCGACGACGCGCCGCUCGCAGCCUCGUGCUACGCUGAAGCGGGAGACCAAUAUGACGGAUGAGGCUAUUGAGGGAUGGGCUGUUAUGUUGACGCGGGAUCCGAGGAGGCUUGUGAAGUUGGAGGACAGGUUGGCUGUUGAUGCGGGCGAUGCUGGUACUGGUGCGUUGAACCAGCCUUCGUUGCCUUCGACAUCGUACAGGAGGCCACAAGGCGAUGAUGAUUCUGGGGAUGAUGGGGAGACUGGACAUGGAGGUGGCCGUGGAAGAGGUGGUGGCCGGGGACGGGGUAGAGGUCGUGGUGGUCGGGGGCGAGGAGGUCGGCCUCAGGAGCCUGAUAGUGCGGCGGCGCAUCAGAGGAAGGAGCAGAAUAAGGCGAGUCGGGCGAAUCAUAAUCGGCGACAGCAGAGGGCGAAGAAGAUUGCGCGUGGAGGUGGUUUGCCUGGUUAA